AUGUCUCUGCCGGCCGACUCUCGUCGACGGCCGAGAUCUGCAAUAGAAGGCGAUGAUGAUGCCGACAUCAUCAGAAGAUUACAAAGCUCUACGCCAUCUUCCUCGGAUUCUCCCAAACGCGCCCGCGUCAAUGGAUAUCAAACCGAAUCUCAGCCGGAUUCGAGCAUCCCUCGACAGCGUGGAAGCAACAUGUACGACGAUGACGAUCUUGAAGAGGAUAACAAUACGAGUGAGGCUGGUGCGAGCGAGUUUCAAUCCGGUGCCAUCGUCCGGGUCAAACUCACCAACUUUGUCACCUACGAGAGUGCCGAAUUCUUUCCCGGACCAAGCCUCAAUAUGGUCAUUGGGCCAAACGGUACUGGAAAGAGUUCUCUAGUCUGCGCCAUCUGUUUGGGACUCGGAUGGGGACCAAUUCAUUUGGGCAGGGCGCAACAAAUCGGAGAAUUCGUCAAGCACAAUACCAGCACUGCUCAGGUAGAAAUCGAGCUGCAGCGUCGACCAGAGGAGCCCAAGAACCACGUUGUGCGAUUGAAAAUCAUAAAAGACGGAAAUAUCCGCGAAUUUUGGCUGAAUGAUCGCAAGACGUCAGUGAAAGCUGUACAGACCCUGACAAGAGGCUUCAACAUUCAAGUUGACAACUUGUGCCAAUUCCUCCCGCAAGACAAAGUAUCAGAAUUUGCAGCGCUAUCGCCUGUUGAGCUCCUGCAGCAGACUCAACGCGCGGCAGCCCCAGAAGAGAUGUUGGAACAACAUGAAUCUCUCAAGCAACUCCGCAAGGAGCAGAAAUCGCUCGACAACCAGUUGGAGAGAGACAAAGAGAACCUGAGAACUCGAGAGAGCCGUCAAGAAGGUCUUCGUGUGGAGGUACAACAACUCGAGGAGCGGAACCAAAUCCUGGAGAACGUCAUGGUGUUGAAAAAGACAAUCCCAUUCGUGGAAUACAGAUUUGCUCGUAAUCAGCAUGUAAUCUUCAAGAGGAAGAAGAAAGAAGCACAGAAAUGCUUGAGGAGUUUGGAAGCGGAAUUGGCACCUACUUUGCAAUCGAUCGCGCAAAAGGAGAACUAUGUAGGCAAGAUCACUGCUGCGGUACGGGACCGGAGAAACGCUGUCGAUGUUGCUGAAAAGGACGCCUACACCCUCACCAGGACUAUCGAGUCCAUAGAAGAGGAGAUACUAGAGAAGAAUUCCAAGAUUGAUUCCGAGAAGAAGGAAGACAGCAAUCGGAGGUCUGAUCUCAAUAAAGUUCAGAGGAACAUCACCGCUUUGAAAGCUCGCCUGAACGAUGAACCAGUUGUAUUCAACAGUUCAGAAUGGAACGAGCUAAUUAGAGCGAAAGAGCACCAGGUAAAAGAUAUCAAAACCGAGAUUGCUGCUAUGGAUCCAGAAAAGGUGGAAAUUCAACAGCAAGGUAGGCUGUUGAGGAAGAAUAUCGACGAUGCUAAGAAAGAAUUGGCCGAUUUUGAUACGCACGAGGGCCAGCAAUCCGUACGGCUGAAAAAUGCAUCCAAUGAAACAGCAGCAGCCUGGCAAUGGGUUCAAGAAAAUCGAGACAAAUUCGAGAAAGAGGUUUAUGGUCCACCUUUAAUUUCGUGCUCCAUAAAAGACCCCAAAUACACCGAUGCUGUCGAGUCAAUGCUUAGCAAGGGCGAUUACCUAUCAAUAACAGCACAAACAGUCGCCGACUUCCAAACCUUGAACGAAUAUCUUUAUGGACAAAUGGGGUACGCACAAUUCCCUAUCAAGAGAAGCGAUGGCUUGAAAGAGAACACAAGCCUCUCGGCGGAAGAGUUGCAGCGUCUCGGCUUUGAUGGCUGGGCAUUAGACUUCGUGGAUGGGCCACCGGCUGUGCUAUCCAUGCUCAGUCAAAAAUUAAACAAGGCCGCGAUAAUGGCUCGAGAAAUAAGUGACCGAGAACUGGAUCUAAUUACUGAGGGCAAAAGACUGAACAGUUUCGUUGCUGGAUCGCAUACCUAUAAUAUUACGAGGAGGGCAGAAUUUGGCCCAAGUGCAGUCUCUACGCGAACCAGCACCGUCUUCCCAGCGAGCCAUUGGACCGAUCAGCCUAUUGAUACUUCUGGAAAGCUCGAAAUUCAAUCAAGGAUUGAUUCUGCUAACGUCGAAUUUGAAGCCUUGAAAGUCCGAAUGAAUGCCAUCAAGACUAAACAACGGGACUUCGAGUCGAGGAUUUCAGAACUUCUUCCGGGAAUUAAUCAAGUCAAGAAGGAGAAAAAUGAACUUCAAAAAGCUCACGGCGAGCAGGCAGCCCUUCCAGCUAAGAUUGAACGCGAGGAGGAGGCCUUAAAAGAAAAAGUGGAAGCGUCUACCGAGCGUCGUCGUCGAAUCAAAGCUCUGAAAGUCCAGAUUGAUGCUGAUAUUAUGAAAAAGGCUCAGAAGGCCCUCGACUACAAGGAAUGUGUCGCCGCAAUCCGAGCUCGACAUGGAGAGCUUCUCGAGGCCGAAAUAAUGCUCAUCGAGGCCAAGUCAGAUGUUGCUAGUCUUAAAACUCGCAACCAAGAUAUUGAUCAGCGUCUCGCAGAAGAACGUCAAAAUGCAGAAGAUGCCGAAGCAGAGUCGGCAAGGGUUAAAGCGGUAGCCGAGAGAGCGGUUGCAAUCUGCCAGACGCUCUCAUCUGAUCCUGAAAACGCGCCAUAUAUCGAUCGUUUCCGUAACGUAUCUGAAAAUACAACUGUCGAAGCACUGGAGCAUCAAAUUGAAGCAGAGGAGUCAAAGCUGGAGUUUACAAAUGCUAAUAAUCCCAAUGCAAUCAGAGACUUCGAAAAAUUUAGCGCUGAGGUUGACAGACUAAAAGCAAAAGUCAGCGACGCGGAGGAAAAGCUUGAAACUAUCAGCGAGAAAAUCACUGAAGUUAGAGGUGUCUGGGAGCCUGCACUUGAUAGCCUCAUUGAGCGGAUUAGCGAAGCAUUCUCAUACAACUUUGAGCAAAUCGGUUGUGCUGGCGAAGUCGGUGUCCACAAGGACGAAGAUUUCGACCUUUGGGCGAUUCAGAUUAUGGUCAAGUUCAGAGAAGGCGAAGACCUACAACUCCUUGAUCAACACCGACAAUCUGGAGGUGAACGAUCAGUAUCUACCAUCUUCUACCUUAUGUCCCUCCAAAGGAUGGCUCGAGCACCGUUCCGUGUAGUCGACGAGAUCAAUCAAGGCAUGGAUCCUCGCAACGAGCGCAUGGUUCACGAACGUAUGGUUGAUAUUGCUUGUAAAGAAAAUACCAGUCAGUACUUCUUGAUCACGCCGAAGCUGCUCACGGGACUUCGGUAUGAUAAGAGGAUGAAGGUGCUUUGCAUUUAUUCCGGAGAGCAUAUGCCUGAUAAUCACAACAAGUUGGACAUGUCGAAGAUUCUUGGCAUGCGGAGAGCGAUCGUGGCUGCGGGCUGA